UGCGUGUUGGAGCGUGUGCACGUGUGUGUGUGUGUGUGUGUGUGUGUGCACAAGGGUGACUGCCCGUGUCCCGUCCGCAUGCCUAAGGCUGCAUUGGUGGACUCUGGGCCUCUCCAGCCUGGCCAGUUGAGCAGACCAGAGCUGUCUGGUUCCUUCACCAUCAAUGGCUUUACAAAGCUAUAGCAGAUGGUCUGUUUGCUUACCCAUAUCUGUAGGAGCACUGUGUAUGUGUUGUGUACAGCCUUUUUGUAAGAAAUACUUAGCUUUUUACUAAAGCAGUAGUUUCCAUUUAGCUGUGCUUCCUGUCCUUAUGUGUCCAUAAGGUUUCUGCUCUUUCAGGGAAUCAGGUGAAAUGCCUCCCCCCAGGCAAGUGCCCUGGGAGCAUCAGUGCAGCCAUGUCCCACAGGUUCCCAGUAGAAAGCCCUGCUCCUCAGGGUUUUGCAGGGACAUUAGCUUGCUUCUGCUGGCCUUGGAUGGUAAAGCCAUUAGAAGUUUUUGUAGUUCUGAAUCACUCACUCAAAAGAAACAGCUAUUUGCAUAUUUGAUCCAAAGUUCUUUAACAAGACCUCCUGAUAUUCACACCAUUAGCUAGUUUAAUUGCCAAGCUCAGGAGGAGCUGCAAAAGAUGAAGGAGGUGUGAAGAUCAGUGGACUUGGAAGUUUGUGAGUACUGGUAUAAAAACAAGUGUGGUGCCUCUGCUUAUCUUUGCAUUACAGUGUACUGUGAUGGUAGUGGCUGAUUUUGAAAGUCCAAGGUGGAUGAAAGCUUCUUUACACUAAGAAGGCAGAGGAAUAAUUAAUUUAUUCAAAUUCCAUACUUCUGCUCCUUAAGGUUCAAAACCUUCUUAGCAUGCACUAUGUGUUAUCUAUUUUUCCCCUUUCUCUUUAUACCUGGAGGGUGCUGUGAGAAGAGGAAACAAAGACUAGCUGAACCAUCUUUCCUCCUCCUCCUUGUCCCAGCUGCAUUGUGGUGCCGCUGGUGCCUGCCUGCCUGGCAAGUCAGAGCAUGUCCGGACCCUGUGAACCAGCUGCAGAAGAUGGCAGAGCUGCUGGGGCUCAGAGACGAGUGCAGGGAGGGGGCUUUGGGAGCUCCUGCACUUGCUGCCUCCUGCCUUGCAGACAACAAGCUGAACCUGGAUGUAUAUCUUGACGGCUGCAGCAGGUUCCUCCAGCUGUUUGAGGGGCGACAGGGAGAGGUGCUCCAGGUGGAGUUCCUCCGACUCAGCAGCAAUGAUCGUCUCCUUGGCACCACACUAGACAUCCUCCCUCAUCUGAAGCACCUGAAAUCCCUGGUGAUCAAAGGUGGCCAUGCCAGGGAUGAGUUUGGUUCAUGUCAGCAUGGCUCUCUGACAAGCUUACCAGCAGACAUGGGGAACCUGAGGUGUCUCACCCACCUGGAUCUCACUUUCAACAGCCUGUCCACCUUGCCCAGCUGCAUCCUUCAUCUCUCCAGCCUUCGUGUGCUCCUGGUGAGCCACAACAGACUUGUGGAACUCCCUGAGGACUUUGGCUCUCUGAGCAAGCUGACUUUCUUCUCUGCUAUGAAAAAUCAGCUGAAGGACUUACCUCGGAGCAUUGGGGACCUAGCAGUGCUGCAGGACCUGGAUCUCUCUGAAAAUGCUUUGGAAUUCAUCCCUGAAGAAGUGGGGAAUCUGCAUAACUGCACAGAGCUAGAUCUUUCUGGGAAUUGCUUAUCAAGCAUCCCAGACUCCUUAGCCAAUUUGAAGUGUCUGCGGCGGCUGCACCUCCACAGCAAUCUCCUGGUGACUGUCCCUGCCUCGCUUGCCAGCCUGCCCAACUUGUCCAGACUUGAUCUGCAGAAUAAUUGCCUCAGUGCUGUCCCCCCUGAGAUCCAGACCUUGCCAUUCGUGCACCUCCGUGGCAAUCCCUUAGGAGAAACUGAGCCAUCCCCACAGGCUGAUGAAUCCAGUGCUGGAAGACUACGAAGACUCUUCCUUGCAUCAGGAGAGGACAGCUUUACUGUCACCCCUGAAGGCUGCAAAGUGGUCCUGGCCUGUGGCAUCCAUUUCUACUUUCCACCGGGGGCUGCCUCUGACCCUCUGCAGAUCUACUUCCGAACUCUCUCACCGGACCCUCAGUGUGUAAGGCUGCGACACCAUGAUGUCCUGCUGAGUAGAGUCCUGGAGCUGCAGCCUCAUGGGGUCAAAUUCCAGCAGGAGGUGCAGAUCUCGAUGCCAUAUGCUUCCCCUCAAACCCUUCACCAGCGCGAGGUGGUAGUGCGGACCUUCAGUGGGCAGAGCUGGAGUGAUCUGAGAACAAGAGUGGAGCAGAAGAGAAAAUCAAAGAAGCAUGUGGCUCACUGCAGUGUCCUUCACUUCUCCUGGUUCCUUGUUAUAUCUCGACUUGUGCAAAAUGAAUGCAAAGUGCCAACAGAGGGGACACUGCUCUUUUCUAGUGUGGAUCCAAACAUCAAAGUGACCUUUCCUCCUGGAGUCACUGAACAAACUCGCACUGUCAAGAUGCAGGUGCUGCCAGUGUCUGCAGGAGAGCUAGAGGAAAUCACAGGUGAUGCAGGGUGCAGAGCCAGUCCCCUGCUCUGCCUCUCCCAGGACUCCCUCGUGGACUUUCUCAGGCCAGUAAGAAUUCAGCUGCCCCUCCCACCAGGGGUCACAGGCAUAAAUUUGGAUCAGUCAAGGCUGCAUCUUCUUCAUGGUGACCUGGAGGGCCAAACCUGGGAUGACAUUAGCAGUCAGAUGGUACUGGAAUUUACCCAUAUUUAUGCAGUGUUUGAAGUCACCCACUUCUCCUGGUAUUGGCUGUGGUACACCACCAAGACCUACAUUGGAGGCAUUGCCAAGAAAGUCUAUGAGCGUCUGCGUAUGUACCAGGUUAACUUCAUUGCUCUGCAGAGGAAGAAGGACCCCGAGCAAGUCCUGCUACAGUGUGUCCCCAAACACAAGGUUGACCCAGUGCUGAAGAAGCUGCAGGAUCGCUAUCGAGGACCUGAGCCAUCCGACAUGGUGGAGAUGUUUGAGGGAGAGCAGUUUUUUGCAGCUUUUGAGGGAGGCAUCAGCAUUGAUAUGGAUCGCCCUGACUGCGUGGAUGGACGUCUCUCGUUUACUUUUUACUCCCACUUAAAGAACAUGAAGGAAAUCUAUGUGACUUCCCCUGUGGACAGGAAGGACCAAGCUGUAAAAGGACAGGUCUCUUUCUACCGAGGGGCAGUUCCUGAGAACAUCCCUGAAGAGGCCAGCAGGAGGAGGAGAGGACCAGACUCCCUCUGGCUCGUUACUUUGCCCAUCAAACUGCCUCGAUUGAAGCCCCGCUGGGGUGAGAACCCUGGUGCCCUGAAUGGGUUCUCCUUCCCUCCCUUGAACCUGGGCAAUGCUGAGACUGGCUACCUGACACAAGCCAACCUGCUGAGCAUUGCCAGGCGCGUGGGAGCUGACUGGCAGACCAUCGGCCUGAACCUGGGCUUGACCUAUCAGCAGAUUGAGCGCAUAAGAUACAAUCACAGAGAGGACCUUGACAAGCAGAUCCUGGACAUGCUUUUCUCUUGGGCUCAGCAAAACUCAGAGGAUCCUGACUGUGUGAGCAAGCUGAUUACAGCCAUAAAAGAGAGUGGCCGCCAGGACAUUGCCGAUGAGGUUGAAACCAUCAUUGAGCUGGGCCGUCAGAAAUACAGGGAGUCCAUCCGCAGGGUGGGCUUGGAGCAGGACAGCAGCACUGAGGACUCUGCAAUAGCUAUGGUGUAGCACCAAGCACAAGGAACUGGGUGUCGUAUAUCCCUCUGUGUAGCUGAAGAGACAAUGUCUUGAGGCUCUUUCCACCUCAAGGGUCAGCGUCUUCCUGGGGAGCUGGACAUGGAUUUACUUGUGAACAGACUACUGAGCUUUCUUGAGUCUAUACUCACAUGCCACUUUGGCCAGUCCCAGGCAGUUUACAGGGCAUUUAUGAGACUUCAAUUCCAUUUCUUGACACCGAGUUUUAGAUCUCAGAAACAUGGAGAAAUUCAGAGACUGAAGUGUCUGUCAGCUGAGUAGUGGCUGAAGUAGCCAUUAAUGAAUUAAUACUCAUGUUAUAUAUAUCUAUGUGUAACUUAUUCCUGAAACUCCGUUCUGCCAGAAACACUGCAUGGGAGCAUUGGGGUCUGUUUGUGCACCAGUACUUUGUGGGAAACUGGAGGUGCAGUCCUGAUGUAGGUUGUGGUGCAGUGGAGACUGUUCAUCUAUUUCUGUUAAUGAUAUGUUUUGCUCACAUGAAAAUGAACUGUAUUCAUCAUGAACCCGUUUUCUGUUUUCUGCCAAAUCUCUUCCAGUUCCCUCAAUCCUCAACCAAGCCCAAAGUAUUAGUGGGGAAAAGAGAAGAAACAAAUUUCUAGCAGAAUCGCUUUUGUUUUUUUUCUCUUUUUCCAAAAGAUAUUUUGGAACAAAUAAAACUUCUCAAUGUCUCUAGGUUGCUGCACCUGCCAGGCUUUUUAGAUGAGACCUACAUGCUGCUGGUCUGUGAGAGAGUUCCAGUUUUAUUCUACAAAUAAGUAAAAAUCCAUCACUCUGCUGUUCUGAGACAGACUCUAAUUAAGGUGAAAGAAAAAUUUCUCUUGCAGCUUCAAAGGGAUAUUCCUCACAUCCUCCCAGUGAACUACGCCGGUGUAGUAGUGAAGAUUGGUGGAAAGCAUGACUUAAGUUUGCAUUUCAUAAACUGGCCAGCUGGGAAUAGGCACUGUUGUUGGGUUGGCUUUAACAGUGCGGAGCUAAUCUCGCAGUUCUGCAGUCUGAACAAUCUGUAUGAGGCUGGAAGUAUUUAUUGCUUUUUAACUGCUCAGUCAUUGACUACUAACAUGCCUGUCUGUUCCUGUUUCCCAUAUCGUAAUGAACCUCAACUAAUGACUAAUGGGAAAUGUCAUGCAAGCUUUUUGAAAGACUACUGUAAUCUAAGUAACCUCAGCUCUUUCAAGGUAGAUUUGGAUGCAGCGUAGCUCUCUAAGCAAUGUUUAAAGGGCUGUUCUCAGUCUGAAUAACAGAAGACUGCAUAAAAAUACCAGGUUGCAACACCCAGAGCUGCAGGUCUGAGAAGUCUUGGUGUUUUCUUAUCCCUAUGAAGAAUCACUGGUGAAUUCCCUGAUGCUGUAUUUCAGACCUACCAUCAGGAAAGUUGAGAGGCAUAAAAUUGUUCUGCUUUUGGGGUUAGGGUUUUCUUUGGUUGGUUGAUUGUUUUGAUUUGGGUUUGGGUUUGUUUGGGGUUUUUUAGGCCAUUCUAAUGUCUUAGCCCAUGGAGUGUUUACAGUCCAGUCUGGAGCACUGGACGUGCAGACUUGAGUUGUCGUCUCGGGUGUAAGGACUCCCUCAGAUCUGAUUUCUUAGGUCAUGCUGCCCUUCAAGUCUCAUGUUGGGUUCAAGUCAGCCGGUCUCAUUUGUAUGUCUGUUUUCUCUGGUAGUCUGUGUUAUGUGUUCUUGUCUGUAAUUUUGGUGUAUACCAAUAGGUAUUUGUUCUUUCCUCCAGUUUUGGAGAGAUGCAUUUGGGCAUGUUGCUUUCACUGGGAAUAAAACAAGGACUUAACUGUUUCACAGCGUGGUCUGCUAACCCAUAAAUGCCUUGAGGUAUUAGACAAACCUGUUGACAGAAAGACAUGGGUGAGCUUGGCUGUGCUGCACAGAAAUGGGAGAAGAGCUCUGAGGUACUGUUGCUUGAAAAACGCAGGACAGACUGCAGCUGAAUUAAUGGUAUCCUUGUAGCUAGGCCUUGCUGCAGUAGGGAUAAGACAGGAAACAGAACAUUCAGGGCAUGGGUUUGGCUAGCUGGGUGUAUGACUAGGGCUCAGGUGGUGCAAGUGUAGGGAGCAACAAGGCUAGCCUAGAGGGGAUGGUGCACAGGCUUAGCCUGGCCUCCGGUGAAGGUGUGGGAGGCUUCUGGCUAGGCAAAGCUAGGCUGAGGAAUUCUACAGGUAGCAUAAGGUAGCAUCCACAUGGAUGAAGCUAGGCUGCACUUAGAUUUCCAUUUGUGAUGGCCAGGCAACAGCUGAGUUAGCCAGUGCCAAAAUAAGGGAUGUAUAGCCUGGACUCUCUGAAUCGGCAGAGCUACCCCUCUUCAGGUAACAGAUCAGGCUGGGAGAGAGGGAGGUUACUGCUAGGUGUUUAGGUUGCUUUGAGUAUCUGCUGCAACCAGGCCAAGUGACAGGGGCUACGAAACCCUGGGCAGUAUCAUCAGUAGUCAGGUUUUGGGCCAGUAACUUAAGGAAAGGUAAGUAACUACCCCAGACAAGUAUUGUUAUCUCCAGUCUUUCACUGCUGAGUGGCACCCCUUGGGCUGGGCGACCUUGCUGUCAUCUGGGUUUCUUCUUGCAGUAACACUGAAGCAAGCACCCAGCUGAGGAUACAGAGGUGCUAGAGGGAAAUCAGAGCAACCGCACAACUGCUCUUUCCUUCAGCUGACUUGGCAGCAAAUAUUUGAGCUGGAUGAAAGUCAAAGGAAAGCAUGUUAUUUUCAGAUGUUAUCUUUGUCAAUAAUCUCUUUGAGGCACAGUGACUCCUUCAUAAGCCUGUAGUUGCUAUGGCCAGGAAAUACUGAUUACAGUUGCAGUAGAUGGUUGAAGCAGCAAACCGUCCCUCCCCUUGGAUGUGUCAUAUAUUCUUUGGAAUCAAAAGAUUGAUUUCCUU